AUGAGUGUUUUCCGAAUCGAACGCUCGAGCGACGAUCACGCCGUCUACAGCGGCUUUGAUGUCGGCGGGCCUCGCAGGACGCCAGUAAUUCAAAAUAUCCACGCCCUCGUCUCCGAAAUCGAACCUAAACUACGCAAGCUGGGGCGGGACAGGAGGCAUGAAGAUUACAAACAGGAUGAGAUCAGAUAUAUCCAGAAGUGGAAUCGAGGGCUGGAAGACGACGACUUUUGUUUCUACUUUCCACACCUCGAAUCCAAUUACGUCCUCAAGACUGGCAACUGUCUUCUCAUAUGGUACCACGAAUCGUUGCGUAAACUGGCUCGGACAGAAAAGUACGUGGAGCAUGACUUCUUCGCGGAAGAGCUGGUGCGUGUGGAGGAACCAAUUGCAUUGAUACUCCAAACCAUCGAAUCGUCUUUCCGCAAGAAGUACGGAAGGUACAAAGGGAAGCAUUUUAGGUUUGAUCUUAGAAUUUAUCUUGACGAUCUCACGGGAAAGCAGACCAACGAAACGGGGUUACGAUUUGUCCAGAUUUACACCUGUCCGGAGAAGAGAAUGGGGGAUAUAUUUAGAACGCUCUGUGGAAACAAGUUGAAGUGGAAUUACAGCCUUUCUCCUAUCAACGGAUUUCCUCCGAUAGGCUCCAUUGCUAUGGAUCGGGAAUGCGAGUUUGAUAAGGUAUGGAUUGAUCGGGGAUUUAUUGAGGGGUUUGGAGCGGCAGCAGGGUACUUUGAAUUGGGGAGCACUUUGUGGUACAACUGGCAUCGGGAUUUUGAGGAGGAUGAGUCGGUCGACAGUACGAAUUGGGUUGCUGUAUUCCAAGAGGAUGUACGCUUGCUGUGCUCUCCGUUCUGGCCUAAUCGUGGUUAA